CUUAAAGAAGCCUUGAUUGAUACGUUAACCGCUAUCCUGUCCCCGGUGCAAGAAGUGCGAGCCGCCGCUGAGGAGCAAAUAAAAGUGUUGGAAGUGACAGAGGGUAAGUUAAGCAUGUACGCUGGCAUUGCUAUACCAGCUGAUGUCAAGAGAGUGAAAUUAUAUGAUGAUAGCUAAAUACGUGCAUAUGGGCCUGUACGGAACGAUAAAUGCUAACUAACGUUAUUGUACAGCAGACAAAAAAAACACUGUCAUGUUGUUGGCUAACGUUAGCUUGUAAUGAUAAAACAGAAUAUAAAAGGUUCGGUUCUCUCCAAUUGGCUAGCUAGCUAGCAAGUGGCGCAAAUGAAUCUUGUUUUCUUAUUCCCAAUUAGCUACCUAAAUUAGCGGCUAACAAGUUAGUUAGCUGACAGAACAACCGUGUGUGUGUGUGUGUGUGUGUGUGUGUGUGUGUGUGUGUGUGUGUGGUGGUGGUGGGGGGGGGCACACUGUCUGCCUCCAGCAUCCUUGAUUGUUAGCUAAUUUAGCAGCAAUUUCAUUCCGUUCUCUGUGUUGUUGUUGGAGCUAGUAUCCACACAUAAUGAUGAUUGUGGACCAAUUCAACCAGGGAGAAUCUAUUUUAACUGCCUGGAAUUAAAAUGGCAAGUUAACUAAUGUGUGCUACUAAAUAACUAGCUAGGUGGACUGACAAUAAGCAGCAGAUAAGACUUGAUAGCUAGCUAGCAAUUUACAUUCGUGUAAUCUUAUUUCGAGCCCAGAGCCCUGCAUUCUACUUGGAAUUCUAGAAGAGUGAUAGGAUGAAUCGAUUAUGAAGGCUUUGAAAUCGUGUUAGGGUCGCUAUAGUAACCAUACAUCUGGAAAGUUUUCCCGCGAGUAUGAUUCCUCAGUAUUCCCGACUUCCGGAUUCCAGCCUUGGAAAACUGACGGGAUCAGUUGUUUUUUGACAACUCUGCUUUUCUCAUGUUUUAAUAUUUAUUCCCCCCACAGGAAAACAUUGUUUCGUGUUCCCCCUUUGAAUACAUGAAUGAUCCAUCUCAAUACUGCAAACGCCCUUACCCUACUACCUUAUGUAUGUUGAAGGAAUAGCUACCAUAUAUGCUUACUUAGCUAUAGUAAAGUACAUUAGCUACCCUAAACCAGCUUGCCACUAAUCCAAAAUACAGUGGGGGGUGAAUAUAGGGACAGUGUGUACAGUGCCUUUGUCUGUGGUGUUCCUCUCUGGCAUGGCUAAAAGGCUGAUUGUGCAGGCUGCCUGUCAGGAUCCACUGCAGUGUCACAGCAGCAAGAAUGGGCCCAUCAGGCCUCUUUCUGAGGGAGCUGCUCUAUGCAUGGAGCUGUCAGCACUAACAUUGUCUCCUGGACUCUGAUGUCACUCUCAGUUAAAGCUGGGGACAGAGCAGGGGCACAUUGCAGGGAUGAGUCUGACUGACAAGCCUAAAACGCAUUGGAAGAGUUCUCCAGUGCUUGUUGUAAAUGCUCAAAGGUGCUAAGAAUUGUCAAUGUAAUGUCGUGCGUAUGGUGUUUUCAGAUGUUGGGCAUAAGUCCAAUCAUAUGAAAAUGUUUGACAUUUUGUCCCUGCAUUCCAUGCAUGCCUGCCAUAGUUUCCGAUGUUCCACCCCAAUGACAUGGCCAGUGUGCUUCCAAGAGUGUGUCUGUAUGCCUGAUGAUCUGUCCACUGUGUGUUGAUGUUGCUCAAUUUGUUUUGUAGAGUUUGGAGUCCACCUCGCAGAGCUAACUGUAGAUCCUCAGGGAGCUCUGGCCAUUCGUCAGGUUAGUUAGCAGAAAAAUAGUAGUUAUAUGGUGUGUGACUACUUUUUUUUCUUUUUCUUUUGUUUCUUUUUUUUUUUACUUCUCAGCAUCUCCUUCACACUACUAUAUCGAUCAAUCAAUUAAUUCAUUAUACUGUAUGUGUUUGUUGAUGUGUUCAGUUGGCCUCAGUCAUCCUGAAGCAGUAUGUGGAGACCCACUGGUGUUCCCUGUCUGAGAAGUUCAGGCCCCCAGAGACCACAGACCGGGUAAGCAAAGCGACAUCUCAUUCUUUCAACUAGCCUAGUUCAAAUGGAUCAUUGUCAAUGGCUAGCUAUUUGAAAACAUUGAGGAGGAGUUAUGAAACUGCUAAUGCUGCCUAAAAUCCAGGCCAAGGCAGCCAUCAGGGAGCUGUUGCCUGGGGGUCUCAGGGAGGCCAUCAGUAAGGUGCGGUCCAGCGUGGCCUACGCUGUGUCGGCCAUCGCCCACUGGGACUGGCCCGAAGCCUGGCCGCAGCUCUUCACCCUCCUCAUGGACAUGUUGGUCAGCGGCGACGUCAGCGCAGUGCACGGGGCCAUGAGGGUCCUCACAGGUAAGGACACACACAUCCCCAAUUCCAAAUUGACCUCUUUUCCUGUGCUCAAUUUCCUGUGCUCCAUUUGUAUUCAUGUAUCUCCGUGUAUUCACUUCAUCCCUCUGGCAUUUUCUCAAAGAGUUUACCCGUGAGGUGACAGAUACUCAGAUGCCUCUGGUGGCCCCAGUAAUUCUGCCUGAGAUGUACAAGAUCUUCAGCAUGAUCGAGAUCUACAGCAUCCGUACCCGCUCCAGAGCCGUGGAGAUCUUCACCACCUGUGCCAAUCUGAUCUGUGCGAUAGAGGAGCUGGAAAAGGGUGCGGCCAAGGCCCUGAUCUUCCCUGUAGUGCAGCAGUUCACUGAGGCAUUCAUUCAGGCCCUGCAGAUGCCUGAUGGACCCUCCUCAGACAGUGGCCUCAAGAUGGAGGUCCUCAAGGUGAGAAAAUGACCACAGAAGAAUUUGUACUCUCAUGAAUUUAUACAGCCAGAUGUUGUGGUUUUGGGAUCUGGAGGCCAAAUGUUAUCAGUUGUCCUAAUCCUGAUCCACCCUUCCCUUCACCUUUUUACCUCCUCCCAAGGCCGUGACGGCUCUAGUGAAGAACUUCCCUAAACCCAUGGUUUUGUCCAUGCAGCAGAUUCUGCCCAUCGUCUGGAACACCCUGACAGAGAGCGCUUCUUUAUAUCCUUCACAAUGCAACUAUGUCCUCUCCUCUUUCAUCUUACGGUAGCUCAGUGUCUUCAUUCAUUCCCUUUGGGUCACAUCUGUCAAUAAUGAGCGAUUAUCUCCACUUUGCCCUUUGUCACACUGAAAUGGGAGCUAGCUAGCUAGCCCACCUAGCUGUAGAGAAUGGUCUAUGUCCUGAGAAUGGGAUUUCCUUAACCAGGUGUGCACUUAUGUCAGAACAGAGGUCAACUACACAGAGGAGGUAGAUGACCCCAUUGACUCUGAUGGUGAGUACAGCCUUAUCAUAUUCAUAUCGUCAAGAAUUUACUUAACUUUGUAUGUACUGGCUGUAAAAUGUGAUUUUUAAAAUGUCUAAUAAAUGUAAUCAAUCUAUGUGACAUGGGCUGAUCUAGAUAUAACAUAUAUAGUGAGCUAUAUACUUUCCUUAAGUCCUCUUGGUUUUGGUUGAGUUUAGAGGUAUUUAUUUGUGUGCGUUUUUCUCCCAGGUGAGGUUCUGGGCUUUGAGAACCUGGUGUUUAGCAUCUUUGAGUUCGUCCACACGUUGCUGGAGAACAGCAAGUUUAAGAGCACAGUGAAGAAGGCUCUUCCUGAGCUCAUCUACUACAUCAUUCUCUACAUGCAGAUCACUGAGGAUCAGGUACAAACAACCUUGUGUGUGUGACAUUUUUAAGAGAAUCUGUUUAGUCAAAAAAGCCAUAGGUUGGUAUCAUGUAUGUAUUCCUCAUCAUCAGUAGUCUUUCUCUGUAGAUCAAGGUGUGGACGGCCAACCCCCAGCAGUUUGUGGAGGACGAGGAUGACGACACCUUCUCCUACUCCGUCAGGAUCUCAGCCCAGGAUCUGCUGCUGGUGAGAACUUCACAUGGGACACUUACAGUCUGGGCAAAUCUGUAAUACCUUAUUCCCCAUAUAGUGUACUCUUUUCUGUGGCUCUAUGUUUUAACCCUUCAUGAAAGAAUACUCCCACACGCAGACGGCUACCGUUCCAUGUGUAGGUUCUGGUCAAUGUGACUUUUUUGGAGACGUCACAAGACUUUUCAAUUCAACCUUCCUCCUCUUCCAAUAGGCUGUGGCGACGGAGUUCCAGAACGAGAGUGCGGCAGCAUUGGCGGCGGCAGCAACAAGACACCUGCAGGAAGCAGAGCAGGCCAAGAACAGUGGCAACGAACACUGGUGAGGACUACACACACACACCGGCUGCAUGACAUCAGUGCCUCUCAAAAGUAAUUAGUGGCUUCCUCUUCUUGUCUCCUGUUUGUCCUAUGCACUGACCUGAAAACACAGGCUAGAUGAAAGCAGUAUGGAUGUCUUUCAGGAAUUUUGCUUUCAUCUGUCCAGGUAUUUUUAUGUCGGUGCAGACUGAGGAAAGGAGACAAGUAGAGCAGACCACUUUCGACUAUUGAGAUGCACCCCAUAGCUAAACCAUCACCAUGCAGUCAGACUCUAGGUCUGCUCUCUCUUCACCCCUGUGUUAUCCCGUCCUGCAGGUGGAAGGUCCAUGAGGCGUGUAUGUUAGCUCUGGGCUCAGUAAAGACCAUCAUCACAGAGAACGUGAAGAACGGCCGUGUUCAGUUUGAUAUGCACGGCUUCCUGGCUAACGUCAUCCUGGCUGACCUCAACCUCUCAAGUUAGUCAGUCUGGGGUCUCUUGCUCAGCUCCUGGGAAGCAAUGUUCAGUUAUGUUGUUCUUUUAAGUCUGUGACAUUGUGAUCAAGAUAUCAAUGAAGCAUGAGGGAGAAACUAUAACCUGCAUACACUGCAGCCCUGGACUCUAGAGUUUGACCGUGGCUCACAGUACAGUAUGUGCCUACCUACAGUGGGGAGAACAAGUAUUUGAUACACUGCCGAUUUUGCAGGUUUUCGUACUUACAAAGCAUGUAGAGGUCUGUAAUUUUUAUCAUAGGUACACUUCAACUGGGAGAGACGGAAUCUAAAACAAAAAUCCAGAAAAUCACAUUGUAUGAUUUUUAAGUAAUUCAUUUGCAUUUUAUUGCAUGACAUAAGUAUUUGAUCACCUACCAACCAGUAAGAAUUCCGGCUCUCACAGACCUGUUAGUUUUUCUUUAAGAAGCCCUCCUGUUCUCCACUCAUUACCUGUAUUAACUGCACCUGUUUGAACUCGUUACCUGUAUAAAAGACACCUGUCCACACACUCAAUCAAACAGACUCCAACCUCUCCACAAUGGCCAAGACCUGCACAAGGCUGGGAUGGGCUACAGGACAAUAGGCAAGCAGCUUGGUGAGAAGGCAACAACUGUUGGCGCAAUUAUUAGAAAAUGGAAGAAGUUCAAGAUGACAGUCAAUCACCCUCGGUCUGGGGCUCCAUGCAAGAUCUCACCUCGUGGGGCAUCAAUGAUCAUGAGGAAGGUGAGGGAUCAGCCCAGAACUACACGGCAGGACCUGGUCAAUGACCUGAAGAGAGCUGGGACCACAGUCUCAAAGAAAACCAUUAGUAACACACUACGCCGUCAUGGAUUAAAAUCCUGCAGCGCACGCAAGGUCCCCCUGCUCAAGCCAGCGCAUGUCCAGGCCCGUCUGAAGUUUGCCAAUGACCAUCUGGAUGAUCCAGAGGAGGAAUGGGAGAAGGUCAUGUGGUCUGAUGAGACAAAAAUAGAGCUUUUUGGUCUAAACUCCACUCGCCGUGUUUGGAGGAAGAAGGAUGAGUACAACCCCAAGAACACCAUCCCAACCGUGAAGCAUGGAGGUGGAAACAUCUUUCUUUGGGGAUGCUUUUCUGCAAAGGGGACAGGACGACUGCACAGUAUUGAGGGGAGGAUGGAUGGGGCCAUGUAUCGCGAGAUCUUGGCCAACAACCUCCUUCCCUCAGUAAGAGCAUUGAAGAUGGGUCGUGGCUGGGUCUUCCAGCAUGACAACGACCCGAAACACACAGCCAGGGCAACUAAGGAGUGGCUCCGUAAGAAGCACCUCAAGGUCCUGGAGUGGCCUAGCCAGUCUCCAGACCUGAACCCAAUAGAAAAUCUUUGGAGGGAGCUGAAAGUCCGUAUUGCCCAGCGACAGCCCCGAAACCUGAAGGAUCUGGAGAAGGUCUGUAUGGAGGAGUGGGCCAAAAUCCCUGCUGCAGUGUGUGCAAACCUGGUCAAGACCUACAGGAAACGUAUGGUCUCUGUAAUUGCAAACAAAGGUUUCUGUACCAAAUAUUAAGUUCUGCUUUUCUGAUGUAUGAACUACUUAUGUCAUGCAAUAAAAUGCAAAUUAAUUACUUAAAAAUCAUACAAUGUGAUUUUCUGGAUUCCGUCUCUCACAGUUGAAGUGUACCUAUGAUAAAAAUUACAGACCUCUACCUGCUUUGUAAGUAGGAAAACCUGCAAAAUCGGCAGUGUAUCAAAUACUUGUUCUCCCCACUGUACCUAGCUAACUAACUGUAAGUCGCUCUGGAUAAGAGUGUCUGCUAAAUGACUAAAAUUAAAAAAAUUGAAAUGUAGCUACAUAAUAACCCCCUGUCCCCUAACUCUUCCCACCAGCGGCCUCUCCAUUCCUGCUGGGCCGUGCCCUUUGGGCAGCCAGCCGCUUCACAGCAGCCAUGACCCCUGAUCUCAUCCAGCAGUUCCUCCAGGCCACCGUCAGCGGCCUGCAUGACAGCCAGCCCCCCUCGGUCCGCAUCUCAGCCGUACGCGCCAUAUGGGGGUGAGAGAGAUCAACACUUAAAGGGAAAAUCCACUCAAAACAAACUUUUGCUAUUUGUUUCAUUAGUCCACUGUUGAUACAGUCCCAAAAUGUUUUGCGUGUCAGCAGUCAAGUUAUCAAGAUAUUGGACUUUCAAGAAGCAAAGUGUCACUUGCAUCAUGAUGAUGUGGCCAGUGACUGUAUGAACAGUGGACUAAUGGGAAAACGUAUAUAUAUAUUGUUUUUGAGUGGAGUUUAAGAAAGCUUAAACCUCUAUAGUUCUGACAUGCUGUAUAGAGCACACUAGAGGUUAUUUUUUUCCCUCCAGUCAUAAACAAUAAGCUAGACCAGGUAAAAGCAGUGAUGGUAUAGAUAGAUGGAUAAAUCCCUCUUUAGUUUGUCACCUAACUAGCCUUACAACAUAAACAGUCACAACACCAUAACAGUAAAUGUGUUGGUAUGCAGGUGGUUAAUGUGUGUGUGCGUAUGUGUGCUCUUCUCAGGUACUGUGACCAGCUGAAGCUGUCAGAGAGUACCCAGGUCCUGCAGCCGUUCCUUCCUGCUGUUCUGGAGGGGCUGGUGCAGCUGGCAGCCCAGUUCAGCUCCGAGGUGCUCACCCUGGUCAUGGAGACCCUGUGUAUCGUCUCCACCGUGGACCCAGCCUUCACCACCAGCGCAGAGAACAAGAUCUGCCCCCUCACCAUCGCCAUCUUCCUCAAGUAUAGUAAUGGUAGGUAACUAACCUUGGCAGUUGGCACUCAUUGAGUUCAUCAUUGAGUCCGAUUUGAUAUAUUGAGGUAUUACCAUAUGGCUUACAUCUAUCCAAACCUUUCAUAUCAACACUUGUGCCGCCAUAUCCAACUCUCCCUUCCCUCCUGUCCUCUCCCCAGAUCCAGUGGUGUCCUCUCUGGCCCAGGACAUCUUUAAGGAGCUGGCCCAAAUCGAGGCGUGCCAGGGACCCAUGCAGGUGCGCCUCAUCCCCACCCUGGUCAGCAUUAUGCAGGCCCCCCCUGACAAGAUCCCCUCCGGCCUGUGU